AUGAAUAUGAAUGUGAAUACGGACAUGGACAUGAACAUGGAUACGGAAACAGCUCUUCAGGCUGCUGUUACUACUGAUUUAGCAAAUAUUACACCAAUUCCCUUUGCACCUAAACAUCUACACGGUUUACCAAUCUUACAAAGACCUAGUUUGACUCCUGCUGAAAGACUCUAUUGGGAAAAUUAUAACACUACCACUUUUUUCACAACUGAUUUAGGAAAACCUAAGGCUUUACAAUGCCAUGUAUCUACAUUAAUGUUAUGCCUUUUAUUAAUAUACCCAAUAUGCCUAGUGUAUAAUAAUAAUAAUAAAAAUAAUGUGAAAUACUAUAUUUCGUUUUUAACUUUAAAUCAACUUUUGUUUAUAAUAUCAUUUAUAUCUUUAUCUGUAUAUGUAGCCACUUUCCCCAAUUCAGAUAUUUGGUAUCCACAUAACAUUUAUUUUAAAGUUUUCACUUUAUUAUUUAUUUGCGUUACUAUCCAUUAUAUCUUUUCUUUCGUACUUACAAGAUCUAAUCUAAUCAUUUCUAAUCUCAAAAAUGAAUAUAUUGCGUUAGAUGAUUUACAUUUGAAUACAACUGCUCUAACUACCCAUAAGGAUAAUGAUCAUAGCUUUGAUGAUUUCGUGGAGCAUGAUAUCGAAUCAUUAACACCACCCAAUAAUGGAUCUACUGACCUACGUCAUGGAACUAACUCAAAUCUAUCAAAACACACUUUUGACAACGAUAAUUCUUCGAUUGGAAUCAAAAUUAUGUAUUAUUUUGUGAAUUUUUUCAAUUUGCUCCUAUUGCUAUUUAUGACUGCAGACUUUUGUAUUGGACUGGCCAUUGGGAAUCUUUUUGGGAAAGAAAAAAGAAUUUUUAAUCUACUAGCACAUUGGAUUAAAGGUGGUGUUUUUGUUAUCCUUGGAAUUGUUUCAUUAGGUAGGUAUUGUGGUAUUGGUCAGGAAUAUGGUUGGGCUUGGAACCCAAUAAUUUUCACUAAAAAACAACUUAUUUCCGAUGGAUCAGCACCUAACAUUCUCUUUCCAAGAGGUACUAUCACAAUGGAAGGCAUUGAAUCUGGAUUAAUCUUACUAUAUGGAAGUACAAAUGUGUUUUUAGAACACCUGGCAGGUGCCGGUGGACCUUGGACAGCCAAAGAUUUGCAACACGUGUCCAUUGCAUUUAUGUAUAUUGGUACUGGACUAUGUGGUGUAUUGAUAGAAAUACAAUUAAAUAAAUGGAGAUUUGAAAAACACAAAGAGUUGUUCAAGAACCAAAUAGAAGUUGGGGAAGAAAAUGAAAUUGUUGCUGCCAGCCCAGGAUAUUCUCCAAAUCCAUUCCCCACAUUAACAAUUUUUUGGACAGGUGUCUUAAUGUCACAGCAUGCGCAAGCCUCAAACCUUUCAACAAAAGUACAUACACAGUGGGGACUGUUAUUCUCUUAUGGUUCAUUUUUCAGACUUCUAACUUACUUAAUAUGUUAUCUGAAACCAACAAAUAAUCAAAAACCAAUAAGACCUAUAACUGAAUUAAUUACCUCAUUUUGUUUAAUUUGUGGUGGGGUUAUAUUUAUGGAAUCCACGGAUCAAGUUAUUGAAGCAAUGGAAUAUAGAGGUUUCACCUCUCUAUUCACUUGUAAUAUAAGUGUUGGUUUAAGCAUGCUUUUAAUGGCUUGGCUAAUGAUUUUAUACAUGUGGAAGCAGAGAUUAGCCAGAGAAAAUAAUAAGAUUUGA